CGGUAGCAUUUCACAGCCCCCCAGUGAAGAUCAAGAAGGAGCCCCGUAGCCCUGGCUCCGACCCCAGCCAGUCCUGCAGCCACAAGCAGAGCUUCAGCUACCCCGGUGGGGAGCAGUGCCUUUACGCCAGUGCCUAUGAGCAGAAGAGAGUUUUGGGACCCAAGACCUCGAGCCCCGGGACUCCAAUGUCUCCAAUGCAGCACUACUCCCCGAAACCCGCCCUGGGUGUUCGGCCCGACUCGGGGUACAUGAAUCCCCCAGGUGGCACCCCGUCCCUGCACAGCCACAGCUUUCCCAUGGAGCACAGCUCCAAGUACCCGCAGCCUCCUGCAGAGAUGUGCCCCCAGUACCCAGCCCCGGGCCAGACCAUGCAGCGUGGCCAUGCCGCCCCGGUGGGGGGCGGAGGCGGGGGCGGCGGCGGGGGGGGAGGGGGGUACCAUCGGCAGCACUCGGAUCCCUGCAUGCCGUACCUGCAGCAGAGCUUUAAGCAGGAGUACCUCGACCCGCUGUACGACCGGGCCGGUCACAUGACCGGUGUGCCCCCCCAGCGCUACCCCCCCGCCCACAUGAUGGUCAAGCAGGAGCCCGCCGACUACACCUAUGAACCCGAUGUGCCGGGAUGUCCUUCCAUGUACCUGCAGAAUGAAGGCUAUGCCCCCGCCAUGCACGGUAACGAAGGCUACUCUUUUGAGAAUGACUCCCGCGUCGUCCCAGAGAAGUUUGAAGGUGAGUGUGAACUGCAUUAACACUAACGUUGCAUGGCC